AUGCCCUGGGACAACCGGCGGGGCCCAGGUAGGCAGCUGCUCGGCGCAACGCCGAGCCCGAAGGGAAGCACGGAGAAAGCGGCGCGAGUGUUCCAGCCCCCGGCUCCGCGGAGGAGCCGUGCGGCACAGCGGCGGCGCAGGGUCCGCUGCCCGGACUCUGAGUCUUCCGGCCAGGCGUGCCCUGUGAGCAGUGCCGGGGCGGGAGCACCGCCAGUGCCCGGUGUCCGUGCCCGACCCGGGGAUGCUGCUGGCGGGGUGCAGUGCCCGGGCGGAGGUGUCCCGCAGCCAGAGCUCCGGCAGGUGCCCAGGGCGGAGCCAUGGCAAGUGCUGCCGCGGGGUCGAGCCGGACGGCAGCCCGGGGCGGGGGGCGGCGGGACCAGGGGCAAGGCUCACCGUCCCGUCCAUGCUCCUCCCCGCCGCGCCGCUCUCCCGCUCGCACCGCGGCCGCCGUCCCAGCGCCGGGCGCGGGGCGCCUGCGCGGCUCUGCGGAGAGCGGCGCAGGGACCGUCUGCAAAGUGCGCGUCGUUCGCCGCCCGCGCAGCAGCGGUGGCAGCGCGGGAUCGGGACGGGCGACGCACAGCGCCCUCACUGCUAGGGGAGAGGGUCCCGGUGCGGGAGCGAUCGCUCCUCCGACCCUGCAGCGCUUUACCGCUCCUUCGGCGACAGGUGGACCGUGUACCCGCGGUCCCCGCGCCCGCUUCCCAGCCCUGCGGGGGCGGCGCGGCGCGGAGCUCCUCCCGCGGACGGGCGGGGGCAGCGCCCAGACCCUUCCAGCCCCGCGGGCCGCCCCAGCCCUGCUGCCGCUGGGAAGCUCGCUCCCGCUCGCCCGCGGUUUCCGCGGCAGCCUCGGGAGAGCGUUGGACAGGCUGCGGGUCCGCUGCCACAGCGUCGCCGCCGCAGUCCGUUCCCGCCGCUACGGCCCCCAGCUCCCUGCCGCUACCGAGCCCCAGCGCCAAAGCGCCCCUCACCGCCACAGCCCCCUUACCAGAGCGACCCUCGCCCGCCACAGCCCCUCGCUUGCCAGAGCGCCCCUCACCACCACAGCUCCGCUCACUCACCGCCGCCCCAGCGCUCCGACGCACCGCCAGAGGCCGCCGCGCCGCCCCAGCGCCCCUCACCCGCUGCUAG